AGUGCCAGUGCACCGCUUGUCGGCGGGCCAAUGCUACCCACUUGGACUGGUUUCCACAGGAAUGUCGAGUGGAUUUUGCUCUCUCAGGCUGCGAGCCAGACUCUUGGACCUCACGACUCCUCUUCAGUCCAAAGUGCCAGAUUCCUCUCCCUUCCUUCCUACCUGUACCGAGUCUGCCCAAUUUCUAUCUCCUCUCCCUUUUCACUUUCCUCGUUUUCCCCCGUUGAUAUACUUGGCCUCAAUUCAGUUCCAAAGUCAGCAAAGACCGCCAAUCUGGGCCCCUCGCCGUCGCUUGCAACUCCCUGUUGGCGCCCGCCACUCCCGAGUCUAGCAAAUCUCUUAGCCAAGCCCACGGUGAAACCCACCUCACAACCUCACCACAACCAGACGAGACCAGAAUAAAUCUGCCGCCUUACUCGGAUAACAGAGCAAGCGAACAUGUCGUCGCCGUGGAAGACGCAGCCAGAGGCUGUAGCAGACAAGGUCCUCAAAAGGGCUGAAAUCAGCAAGAUGGCGCGAAGACUACAGAACCGUCUCGCACUUGCACAGUUCAAGACGAAGCACGGCUGGGAGGACCUCACACUCGACACCCUCGAGCCAAAAUUCGAGGAGGAGAUUAGGAGGAAGAGGCUUUCCGAAGGGGACGUUCUGUCCGACUCGUCUUCCAGUGCCUCGGACCUCCCUUACCCCACGAGAAUGUUGAUGAGCUCCCCUCUCAAGGCUCCCCUGUUUUCAGACGCAAUUGGGUCUAGCAAUGGCAGCACAGGCCACCGCAAGCGCACAUACAUGGCUUCCUUCGACCAUGCGCUGUCAAGCCCGAGCAAGAGAUUCCGCCCGUCGCCCACCGCACACAGAUCCUUCACGAUCAGCCAUGCGACAUGGAAGGACCAUCACCAGCUCGCCCAGUCGUCGCCCAUAAAACCAAGACGGCAACAGCACUUUACAACCUCUACCGGCCCCGAUGUCUCCUUCUUCGCCAGUUCCCGUCAGGCUGGCCAUGCCCGGAAUUUACCCAACUACGUCGCUCGUUCCGACGACGACGAUGGCGACGAUGACGACGACCUCCUUCCUGCCCAUUCCUUCCGCGCGAGUCAUAGUCGCACAUCGCCGCCUAGUACACCGCCGAUGCGAGGUCGCAGCAGCCUCGCUCGCCGGAAUAAUAAAGAUAAACAGAGCACCGCAGCUACCGGAACCAAGUCGGCCGAGGAAGGUGUAGACCUUCUCCUCUACCUCGCAGCGUCCCCGUCGCCAGCCAACAACCCCCAAACCAAGACCCGCAUGGAGCCGCCUUCCACACCACCGCCCAGGAACAAGCUCGCAUUGCCGUCCUCAAUGAUGACCACACCUGGCGGAGGCAAUCCCUUCCUCAACACCCCCGGCUUGGGUUUCGACUUCUCUGACUUCGUCCACAUGACUCCGAGUCCUGCCCAAAAGCCAUGGAAGACGCCGGCCACGAUGAAUGGAGGCAAGACACCGCUCAGUCUAGCAAGGAGGCGACUCACUUUUGACGACAUUCCUUGACUGGCCCUUGAGCUCCUUCUGCCGUUUCUUUCUUCCUUUUCUCCUAUUGCUCAUUAAUUGCCUUGUGUGCUCUCAUCACUGUCGAUGUCCAGCAACUGUUUUUUCCAGCCUCGUCCCCCCCCCACCGUUAUGUGGCCAUUGACUUUACUAUGUAAUGAUACCUGGCAGUCUAUACUUGCAUACACAAC